CGGCCAGGCUGUCCAUACACCUUGUGACUGCGGCUGCUUUCUCAGCUUUACUUCACUACUAUAUAAAAUGAAAUAAAAUUAAAGUAAAUUAACACAGAUAUUAGCCUAAACAUUUUUUGGAGCGAAAGAAGAAUAUGACCAUGGGAAUCCUGACCAUUCUGUCAAUCUGAAUUGAUCUGAUCUAAUCAAUUAAAUUAUUUCUGUGACAGCGAUACCAAGAACGGCUGCCUACAUUUGUCUCCUGUGAGCUCAGUUCAUUGUUGGAUGUCGCAGCAUCUAAAACAUACAAAACCAUGUAGAGCGACAAGGAAAAAAUGAGGCAUGAUGGGAUUUUAAUGGAAAAUUCAGCUGUUAUCCAAGUGGGGUCCUACUGAUAACCUGUAUUGAAUCCAGUUGAACAGGGAAUAAUACAGUACAAAUAGAGUUCUUCUUGGCUUGGCGGUCCACUGUUCAGCUGCUAUGGAUCUGGAUGUACUGACCUUAUUUGCGAUUGCUUUGGGGACGCUUACUGUUCCACUUUUACUUUUCAUGGCAUUCUUUAUGCUGUGGCCUUCAUCACUCAUCAAAGUUUAUUACUGGUACUGGAGGCACACCCUGGGUUUGCAGGUGUACCAUGCUGAUUGUGGAGGAUAUCGAUUCUGUUACUCUUCCAGAGGGAGGCCUAGCGUCAGGCCAUCCAUCCUCAUGCUGCAUGAUUUCUCUGCACACAAAGACACAUGGCUCUCUUUGAUUAAGUAUCUUCCAAAACAUCUACACCUUCUGUGCGUGGACAUGCCAGGGCAUGAGGGGACAACACGUACCAGCGUAGAAGACUACUCUAUCCAGGGACAGGUUAGGAGAAUACGGCAGUUUGUAGAAACUAUUAAUCUGAACCGGAGACAAUUUCACUUGGUGGGCACUUCAAUGGGAGGAAAUGUAGCGGGAGUGUAUGCAGCUUGCUACCCCUCUGACCUCUGUAGUAUGACACUCAUCUGUCCAACUGGUUUAAAAUACUCUUCCAAGACCAACUUUGAUAACCAUAUGCAUGAGCUGGAGCUCAGUGAGAACAUGCUUGGCAUCUCUCUCAUCCCAGCUACACCACAAGAGAUGGAAGACAUGCUGAAGCUCUGCUCUCAUGUACGCUUCAAAGUCCCCCAACAGAUUCUUCAAGGACUAGUGGAUGUACGACUUCCACACAAUGACUUUUAUCAUGAAGUUUUUAUGGAGAUUAUGAAGGAGAAGUCCAAAUAUGCUCUGCAUGAACACAUGCACCUGAUAACCACCCCUCUUCAAGUCAUCUGGGGAAAGCAGGACCAGGUAGUGGAUGUGUCUGGUGCAUCUUUGCUGGCUGAAGCUCUGCCAAACUGUCGUAUGGACCUGUUGGAGAAUUGUGGCCAUUCUGUAGUGAUGGAGCGACCGAGACGCACUGCCAAACUGAUCUUAGACUUCAUCAUCUCUCAGCAGAGCUUGCCAAAUACCACUAUCAAGAAGAAAUUCUAAGGCUUCCAUAUAGACAAAUUAUUUAGCUAAUCUUUAAUGUGUCUUUCGUGUUUGCCUGUGUGAAGGUGUGCCUUCUCAGACAAGGCAGUAAGAUGAUAACAGGUAGAUGAUAUUUUUUUUUAUCCCUUUGUUAUCCUAAAUGAAAUUACAUUUUAAUGCAGUAUGAAAUAUAUUUAGAUACUGUAUGUUAUUGACAGGGUCUGCAAAGUGGGGCCUAGUAACCCUCAUCAGUCAGUGAAGCAUAGAGGUUUCUUUUUUUUAUGAAUUUACAUUGUGAUCAGGUUCAACUACUAUCAAAGAUGGAGUUGUUAUAGUUAUUAUUAUGUUAGAAAGGUUUUGCACCUAAUAAUUCAUCCAUCCAUUUUCUGUCCCACUUAUCUUACACAUGGUUGUGGGGGAGCCUGGAGCCUAUCCCAGGAAACUCACGGCACAUGGUGGGGGAUACCCUGAGCGGGUUGCCAACCCAUCACAGGGCACAAUCAUGCACACACUGUGGACAAUUUGGAAAUGCCAAUCAGCCAACAUUGCAUGUCUUUAGACUAGGGGAGGAAAUUGGAAUACCUCGAAGAAACCGCCGAAGCAUGGGGAGAACAUGCAAACUCUACACAGGAUUCUAAUCCCCAACCCUGGAAGUGCAAGGCAAGCGUGCUAACCGCUAAGCCACCAUGCCCCCUCACACCCAAUAAUUUCCCAAUUUAAUUAAAUAGGCUUAAUCCAAAGUUCAAGAACUGUAAAAUAAGUAUGAUUUCAUACUGAAUCUAACUGCAAUUUAUAACAACUAACAAUUCUGUUAAUUAAAUCAAGCCUGCAUUUUAAAGCAGUUAACUGGUUUGUGUACUGUGGAUGUUCAGGAAUA